AUUUCUUCACAUUACAGUGUUUUUCUUGUAGAAAAAUGGAAUUAUUUGAGGAAGCCUCUUGGAAAUGAGUUAGGUAAGUGGCCAAAGAGCAUUGAUGGUCAAGGUUCUUCUAAUUCUGGCAGUUGCUAAAGAAAGAUGUCAGAAGACACAGAGUGGAAUGAUAUACUGCGGGCUAAGGGAAUCAUCCCGCCAAAGCCCAAGGAGAAGGAAGUCACUGAGGAGGACCUCGUCCAGCUUGUAGAGACCACCAUCCAACAGAAAUCUAAGGGGAAUGAGAAGAAGGCACCAGAGGAGAUGACAAUGGAGGAGCUGGAGGAAGCAUUGGAGGAAGACGAAGAGUCAGAGAGAGCUUUUCUUGCCUACCGUGCCCAACGUGUUGCUGAGCUCAAGGAGCUAACCCAAAGGAAUAAAUUUGGGGAAGUCAAGGAGAUAUCAGCUGUGGAUUACGUUGAUGAAGUCAACAAAGCUGGAGAAGGCAUCUGGGUCAUUCUUCAUCUUUACAGACAGGGGAUCCCAGAAUGUGCGUUGAUCAACCAACAUCUUGCAGUGCUGGCACAGAAGUUCCCUGAGACAAAGUUUUUGAAAAGCAUUGCCUCUACAUGCAUCCCAAACUAUCCUGACAAGAAUCUCCCCACUCUCUUCAUUUACUUUGAGGGCCAGAUGAAGAAGAAAUUUAUUGGACCUGACCAGCUCCAUGGGACAAAGCUCACCAUUGAUGAACUGGAAUGGAUGUUGGGGAAGGUAGGUGCAGUGAAGACAGAGAUAGAAGAGGACCCAAGACCCAAGAUAAAGGAUGCUCUGUCACAGGCCCUAGGUGCUAAUCUCCAAGGUGCUUCUUCAGAUGAGGAUGAUUGGUGACUCCAAAUAUAGCUUUUUAUUGUGUUAAGACAAUGGUUUUCUAUCAAAGUGCCGAAAUAUACUGACUCAAAUUUCUUGGUGAGUGAAAAUGAAGCAAUGCCAUUUGAUUAUUUAUUGCCUGAAAU